AUGGCUACAGUUGGAAGGAAUGUAGCAGGUCCAUUAAUGUUUCUUAACUUGAUCAUGUAUCUCCUUGUUCUUGGUUUUGCUAGUUGGUGUCUCAACAGGUUCAUCAAUGGCCAAACCCAUCACCCUAGUUUUGGAGGAAAUGGUGCCACCAUGUUCUUCUUAACCUUUUCCAUACUUGCAUCCGUUCUCGGCGUUGUGUCGAAAUUUAUAGGUGGAAACCACCUCAGGAUGUGGAGGAGUGACAGUUUAGCUGGGGCUGGAGCUACAUCAAUUAUUGCUUGGGCUGUGACUGCUCUAGCCUUUGGUUUGGCUUGCAAGGAGAUAAACAUUGGAGGGCACAGAGGGUGGAGACUGAGGAUAGUAGAGGCUUUCAUAAUCAUCCUCACUUUUACACAGCUGCUCUAUGUAUUGCUGAUCCAUGCAGGGCUCUUUAGUAGCAGGUACGGUCCCGGGUACCGUGACGGCGAUUACGGUGGAACCACCGGAGAACCAAUUCACAAGGGUGGUACUGCUGGAACUCACGUCUGA